CCAGAAAGUUAAGAAAGGAGAGAGUCAAAGUAAGAAAGAGAAUAAGGAGAAAAUUAAGAAUACAGUAUUAAGACCAGAAAAUUCCAGAUAUAAUUUGAGAAUCAAAGAAAAAGUUGACUAUUCAAAAUUUAAUAAAAAAUUAAUAAAAAAUAAUUCUUUUUCUAUGAUAUAAUCUUAACGUGCUGUUAUUAAUUUUAGAUUUUGGUUGUUCUAAUCUUUGUUUGUUCUAUAACAUUUGUUUUUAUUGACAACUACUGAUGAAGAUUUUUAUUAAUCGAAACGUUUAGUUAAGCAAUAUAAGUAAACUACGAAGUAAACAGGAAGAAAUAAAAGAAUUAUUAAAUAUUAUCAACUUCGUUACAUAGUAAACAGUAAAAAGACGCAAGAAAAUGUUCAUUUGUUGGCCACACUGAGUACUGAGUAUGUAUAAAUGAAUACAUCGGUAAACGAUGACUAUAAAAAACUCUUUUUUCCAAUUAUUUUUGCCACCAUUAAUCUGAUUCCUGUUGAUUUUCCAAUUGUUUUUCUAUAAACGACUAUCUAUGGAAUAUUUUUCUCAAAAAAAAUGUUUCCAAAAAAGCUACUGUAAUAGAAAAUCAGUGCAACAAACAGAUAUUUAAUCCUUUAAGUUUCGAAUUUGUUUGUUGAAUCAAAUUUGAUGAAACAGGGUAUAAACUAUAUAAGAAGGCAUUUAUAAAAGCUCUAUCUCGUUCAGAGACCGAAUCGGAUCUUAGGUGGAUGACCCGAAUCCGAUCUGAACAUUGUUUUACCCGAACCUGACGAGACCCGAAGUGAUACGAAAUUUUCAAAACUUGACCCGAAUGACCCAAAAAGUUUCACAGAGAUGUUAUGUAACAAACAUCAGUUUUUCUGCGGGUGUUUUGAAACGCUUAUACCUCGAUGAGCAAAAGUUAUGCAAAGCCCGGAGACGUUGCAUUUUCAAGAGAAAUGUCUGUUCUACAGGUCUAGCUACUUGGAAAAAUUACUAUCUUGCCAAAGAAAACUCAUGGAGAACUGGAAGUUGUCUUACUUUGUAGAGGAUGCUUCACUGAACUCUACUCAAAAACGCAAAAGAGUACCCACUUUAAGGUAGUGGCGCAACCAAGUUUUUGUGAUGACGGGUUCAAUCUCUAUUAAAGUGAUAGGGAAUAGAUAAGUUAACCGAAGAAAUUGACUAGAUUCAUGUCAGGCAAGAGAGACGCAACAAGAAAUUACUAAGAUUAUGUAUGACAAAAGUUCUUGAAGAUUGUUCAGAACUGUCGAAAUUUAGCGGUGGUAAGUAUAUUUACUACUGAGACUCAAUGAGUUAAGAAACAAUUUCUCGCUACCAGUAUUCAUAUCAAUUUGUUAGUUAUUAAAAAUGUGUCAGUUCCGUUUUUCAACUUGAAUCGUAGACUUUCAUUCAAAACGGUUCUCAAUUAUGAUAGUAUCAAUAUUUGAUCACACUUAUUUUUUAAAUACUAAACAAAUAUUUACAAAUAUUAAUAAGUUUUAUGUAAUUUACUUAUAAGAAAUGCAUAUAAUUUUAUUUUAUCUUUUAGAAAAAAUGAGCACUUCGAGAAAUAAUUCAAAUGCAUUUGGAGGCCCAGGUGCCUUGUCUAUUCAUGUUACAGAUGCGGAAACAAGUGCAGAAAAUGGAAGAAAAUUUACAAAAUAUAAGGUAGAAGUUCAACAUGGAGAUCAUGAAUGGGAAUUAUGGAAACGAUAUAAAGACUUUUAUAACUUUAAUGAAAAAGUAGGACCCAAUUUACGCCGUGUUCGUUCUGAGUUAAAACUUCCUGGUAAAAGACUAUUAGGCGAUUCAUUUGAACCGGAGUUCAUACUUAAACGACAACGUGGAUUAAAUGAUUAUGUUCAACAAAUUAUAUCCCUGCCACAACUUAUUAAUAUGCCUGAAACUAUUGACUUUUUUGGUCUGAAUAGUACACAGAAUCAAUCAUCGACAAAAUCAUCAAAUCCACCAUCAACAACAACAACAAAAAACGAUGAAGAAGACACAAAUAAUCAAGCUGAUACAAUACGAGUUAAUCUUGGUAGAUCAGAAAAAUCAUCAACAAAACCGGAUGAUUUCGAAUUUCAAAAGUGUAUUGGCAAGGGUUCUUUUGGAAAAGUUUAUUUAGCCCGACACAAAGUUGAAGAUCAAAUAUAUGCUGUGAAAGUUGUUAGUAAAGCAUUAAUUAAACGUAAACGAGAAGAACAUCAUAUAAUGGCUGAACGUGAUGUAUUAGUUAAAAAUUGUCGUCAUCCAUUUUUGGUCUCAUUACAAUAUUCAUUUCAAACUCCUGAUAAACUUUAUUUUGUCAUGGAUUUUGUCAAUGGUGGUGAACUAUUUUAUCAUUUGCAACAAGAACGAGCAUUUAAUGAACAACGAACGAGAUUUUAUGCUGCUGAAAUUACAAGUGCUGGUCAUAUACGUUUGACAGAUUUUGGAUUAUGUAAAGUAAUGCUGUCUACUGAAGGUCGAGAAGGCCGAACAGCGACAUUUUGUGGUACACCAGAAUAUCUCGCACCGGAGGUAUUACGACGUGAAGCGUAUACAAAAGCUGUUGAUUGGUGGUGUUUGGGUAGUGUGACAUACGAGAUGUUAUGUGCUAGGCCACCGUUCUACAGUCGCGAUGUAAAUGAGAUGUACGAUUAUAUACUAAACCGUCCACUUCGUUUCGUUGGUAAUGUCUCAGAACGAGCACGAAAUUUAAUUGAACAAUUACUUCGAAAAAAUCCAGCUGAAAGACUUGGUUCGGGUCCAGAUGAUGUUGGUGAAAUUAAGCGUCAACCAUUUUUUGAUCAGAUUGAUUGGGAAAAAUUGGAAUUAAGAAAAAUUCAACCGCCAUGGAAACCGCCUGUGUCUGGUCCAUCGGAUGUCAAUCAAGUGGAUACUGUUUUUACUCAAGAAUUAGUUUCACCAUCAGUACAAGAACGGUAUCUUGGAAGUGUGACAAAUAAAGAUCCAAUGUUUAACGGUUUCACCUAUCAACCGGAAACACACAUGAAUUCUUGA